AUGCAGUCGGCGGUGCCGCCGACUGCACCGCCGCCACAGCCCAAGAAGGCGCUCGUCCCGCGAUUGCAGCCAAUCAUGCUGCAGUCGAUCUUGUCGAUCCGAUUUGAAAAGGCCAAGAGCUGGCGGGAACCAGAGAACCGACUCGGACCGACGGGGUUUUGGAGUCUCUGGGUCUGUAUAGCAGUCUUGCACGUGGCGUUUGCAUUGCACUUGGGGUUUUUGUCCUACGCGCACGCGUUCCUCACGUCUGGGCAGCACGAGUACGAACGGCGGACGAUGCGGCUGCAGGCCGACUUGCGCGUGCCCAUGGUCAUGUGCAGCGCCGUCGGGAUGCUGCACGUCUACGGCCUUGUCAACUUGAUCAGGAACCGGCGGCUUAAAACACGACUUGGUCGUGUACGAGCUGCCCAGGUAAAGCCCAAAUCGACGCGGAGUGGGUUCGAGUCGAGCCACCGCGUCGUGUGGUGGCUGUACAAGGCGUACACCAAGCACUGGACGGGCAAAGGCGAGUUUGGCAUCCAAGGCGAGUUCUUCAGUCUUCGGACCAGCAUCUCUCACGGCCUCUCGAUCGCAUCCCAUACGUACCAGGCGUUCAUCGUUUCGUUCAUGUCCACAUCGACCCGAUUGAAUCUCCUCAUGGCUGGGUGCAUCGCGGCGAGCUGCGUCAUUACUCCAGUCCUAUUUGCGGUCAAGAUGCGGCCCGUGCUUCAACGAACGGCGGCGAUCUGGUCGACGGUCGGGUUCACGGCCAUCUUUGAGUGCGGCCUGCCGUGGGUAUCGGUGGCCCCGUACCUGUCGUACUUCUCAUGGGACGAAGCGGCCCAGAUGAACAGUCUCUACGACGACGUGUGGUUUUACGACGCAGCGCUGUUGGGACGACGCCUCUUCCUCAACGACAUUGGCGACCUCUGGUCCCGACUGCUGCCGUGCGUCCUCGCGUACUUUAGCCUGACCAACCUGGACGACAUCGUGUCCCUGGCCCACGAUUACCAUGACACGCGAGCUACCUAUGCUGUCCGCCAUCAUCCCCCGCUCUACCCUCGGAUGACGCCGCCGCCGCCAUCCCACGUCCAGGAUGCGCAGUCGACAAAACUCAAGCAAGGCUUGCGCUUUGCAGUCGCGUGGAGUCGCAUCGUCGGGCUAGUUUGGGGUGCAGCCAUCGUCGGUCUCGCUGUCUCGUUCUCCGGCGUCACAACGAUGUUUCAGGUCACGUGUCCCCAUGGCUGCCUCAGCCGCGUGUAUCCGUGGUUUGCAACAGACUGUCGCUGCGUCGUGCAAGUCGUCAACUGCUACGCCCGCGGCAUCGACCAGGACGACGUCCCUCGCGUGCUCGAGACGCUGGACCCGCACAACGUCGAGCUGCUGAUUGUGGCCCACUGCGCGAAUCUCAUCGUUCCUCGACUCGAUCGGUUCCGUUCGCUGUUUGGCCUCGAACUGUACAACUCGACGAUUUCGGAGUGGCCGAUGGCGGCCGCCAUCACGGCCGACAAGUUCCCGACGCUGUCGUAUCUGCUGCUUGUCGACACAAACCUGACCGAGGUCCCCGCGGCGCUCUAUCAAGUACCGUUUCCACCGACUUUGCUCGACAUUGAAAUUGUCAACGCCAGCCUCGCCACCAUCUCGAACGACACGAUCGCCGCGUGGGCUGGCCUGAACACGCUCUUUCUCGAGUCAUGCCACAUGACAACGAUGCCCGACCUGGGGCAACUCAGCGUCCUCAACCAGCUCUCCUUGAAUAUGAAUGCCCUCACGACCGCCAACGGUAUCGCCAACCUCCAUGCACUCUUGGCACUUGACGUGUCAAGGAACCCGCAUCUCGAGGCCUUGCCAAACGACCUGACGUCGCUCCCCGUCCUCGCAGCAGUCUUUGCCGAGCUGACGAACGUAACCACCGUGGGUGCUGACUGGCUGGCUCAACCAACCGUGUUGGCACUGGCAGGGUCGCCAUUCUGCGCCGGCAGGGCCAACGAGCAUGCGGCGUGCGUGGGUCCUCCGCGCUCAAACGGCAUGUUUCCAUCCUCUCGACCGCAUCGCGGGUUGACAUAG